CGUGUGUGUGGCGCUGCGGGGCUGCAGAUGGAAAUAUCUCCAUUUGUGUCGCAAAGAGAUUAAAUUAAUCUGUUAUUAUCGGAAUUUAACAAAUUAUUUACUAAACUCUGAAGAACAGUUUUUUUAAACACAGUGUGGUGAUAUUGGUCACAAGAGAUAUGGAGAAAUGGAGAGUCAGAUGGAAGGACAGAAUGUGAACUUUGUGGAAGAGCAGCAGACCAGGAUGAGGAUAUCGUCAUAGAGGCGUGUGUACAGUGAAAUGGCAGGAUCCAGUAUUUCAGUAACUCAGGAUCAGUUCUGUUGUCCGGUGUGUUUGGAUCUCCUGAAGGAUCCAGUGACCAUUCCCUGUGGACACAGUUACUGUAUGAACUGUAUUACAGACUGCUUUAAUGAAGAUCAUAAUACAGGGAUAUACAAAUGCCCUCAGUGCAGACAGACCUUCACUACAAGACCUGCUUUAUGUAAAAAUGUGGUGUUUGCUGAGAUGGUGGAGAAACUGAAGGACACGAAAAUCCAAGAGACUCCCUGUUACGCUGGUCCUGCAGAUGUGGAGUGUGACGUCUGUACUGGAAUAAAACAGAAAGCUGUCAAGUCCUGUCUGGUGUGUCUCAACUCUUACUGUCAGAAUCAUCUAGAACAACAUGAAAAUCUCUUCAAGAGUAAGAGACACAGCUUGAUUGAGGCCACUGGACGACUCCAGGAGAUGAUCUGCCCUCAACAUGAUAAAAUGCUGGAAAUGUACUGUCGAACAGACAAGAAGUGUAUUUGUGUGCUGUGUAUGGUGGAUGAACACAAGAACCACGACAUUGUAUCAGCAGCAGCAGAGAUAACUGAGAAACAGAGAGAUUUGGAGGAAACGCAGAGUAAACUCCAACAGAGAAUCAAGGAUAAAGAGAAAGAUGUUCAGGAGCUGAGAGAGGCUAUGAUGUUUCACAAGCGCUCUGCGCAGACAGCAGUGGAUGACUGUGAGCUGAUCUUCACUGAGUUGAUCUCAUCCAUAGAGAGAAGGCGCUCUGAGGUGACACAGCUGAUCAGAGAUCAGGAAAAGGCUGCAGUGAGUCGAGCUGAAGAACUCUUGGAGCACCUGGUUCAGGAGAUUGAUGAUCUGAGGAGAAGAGACAAUGAGAUACAGCAGUUUUUACACACUGAUGAUCAUAUUCAGUUUGUGCAGAGUUUCGGGUUUCUAUCUGUGCCUCCUGGAUCUACUGACAGCAUCAAUGUCACUUCUCAUCUCUCUUAUGAUCAUGUGGUGAAAUCUGUAUCUCAACUCAUAGGCAAACUUGAGCAGUUCUGCACAGAGGAGACUGAGAAGAUACAUAAAAGAGUGAGUAACAUUGAGAUCUUUCUCACUCCUGAAUUCAGCACCAGGGACGAGUUCCAACAAUAUUUCCAUCCGUUCACUCUGGAUCUGAACACAGUGAAUCCGUAUCUCUGUCUCUCUGAGGACAACAAAAGGGUCACUGCCACUAAGACACCCCAGCGCUAUCCUGAUCAUCCAGACAGAUUUGAUCAUUGGUUAGGGGUGUUGUGUAAUGAGAGUGUGAGUGGAUGCUGUUACUGGGAGGUGGAGUGGAGUGGGAAUCGUGGUGUGGAUAUAGCAGUGGCAUAUAAGAGCAUCAGGAGGAAGGGACGCGGUAAAGAAUUUGAUUUUGGAUGUAAUGAUCAGUCCUGGAGAUUGUUUUGCUCUCCUUCCAGUUACUCAUUUGCACACAAUAACAUUGAGACUAAACUCCCUGUAGUCCACAGCUCCAGUAGAAUAGGAGUGUAUGUGGAUCACAGUGCAGGAGUUUUGUCCUUCUACAGCGUCUCUGACACAAUGAACCUCAUCCACAGAGUCCACACCACAUUCACUCAACCUCUGUAUCCUGUGUUUGGACUAUAUUGGGGUUCAACAGUGAAACUUUGUACUCUUAUAUGAUAAAUCAGUGACAGUAUCUUAACUCUAAUCAAUAAAUCAACAUCUGAACUUUAAAUAUCAUAAAAGAAAUACAUUACUUCAAGUUCAUCUGUUCAUUUGCUUUAAAGUCUGUGCUGAUGUAAAUUGUAAUAUUAUGAUUAUGUUGCGGAUACAGCUGAUUCAUUGGAUGCUUUUGAGUGAGGUAAUGAACCAGUCCCGGUUCUACGGUGGAGCUUGAGGGUGCCAAGCACCCUUAAAUGAAACGUAGAGCACCCUCAAUUGCAGACCAGGUCAAACUGCUGCCCGCUGGUCGAUUUAUCAUGAAUGUUUUUUAAUAGAUCUUUCAUUUAUCUGGAUUUUGGACCUAUCGUGCAUCCACAAGCGUUUAAUAUGAAUAUAUGAAACAUCCCAAUCAGAGAUUUAUACUUGCACAAAUUGGAAAUAUGUCAUACUUGAUGUAUGCAAUCUGGCAACCAUAUAUGCGAGUGCACACGCUUUACUACUAAUCAAACAUGCACGACAGAUAUCUGAAAUUGGAGUUUUGACAUAAUUACGGAUAGUCAAAUCUAAAAAUUAAAUGAUAAAUGAAUCUGCCAUAAAUAUUCUGCUCAAAGAAAAGAGUGAUGCAGCCACUCCAUGUCCAUUCGUGAGACUGCAUGUGCCAAGUCUACAAGCAAAUAUUUUCAGUGAUGGACUUUAGUAAAAAUGUUUGUUCAUUGAGUUAUUUGUAAAUUGUUGAAGUCCCUCACACUGUAUGUGAAUGUUACUCUGACUAAUCAUUUAUCAGUGUCAUGCAGCCGGUUUUAUUCAGUUGAGUGCUCAAUGGGAUGCCAAUCAAACCAUUGACGAGACCCACAUCAUGACCCAUGAGUGUGUUAACAGGUUGAUAAUGUUUUCAGAAUAAAACAAGUAAACGGGUCCACUUUGGGUGGUAAUACUAAAUUACCAUUGCAUUUAAGUAUGGUAAAAUAAUAAAUUAAUAAUUGUAUUAAGUCUUUAUUGAGUUUAAAAACCUGGAAAAGGGGAAGGGAUCUCACUCAAAUACCUAUUGGUCUACAGUGGAACACAUUUGAUGGGUAAAAUUGCCCUUUGAAGGUCUUUUCUGAGCACAGAAGUAAAGCAAUUAUUGUUAAUUUACACUUUACAAAUUAAUUCUGUUAUUGGUUUUAUAUGACUCCAAUAUAGAGUGGUGGUGGUGUAGUGGGCUAAAGCACAUAACUAGUAAUCAGAAGGUCACUGGUUCGAUCCCCACAGUCACCACCAUUGUGUCCUUGAGUAAGGCACUUAACUCCAGGUUGCUCCGGGGGGGAUUGUCCCUGUAAUAAGGGUUCUGUAAGUCACUUUGGAUAAAAGCGUCUGCCAAAUGCAUAAAUGGACAUUUAAGUUGACCUCUAAUUUAGAUUUAAGUUCUAAUUGAUUUCUGAUCAUUCUUUUACUAUAACAUUUUAAGUUAUUGAUCACUCUAAAUCCUCUUAAUUUUCAUUAUUCUUUCAUUCGGGUCCCAACUGUCGCUCACUGUCAUAUGCCGGCCGAUUAAUUACAUAGAUCUCACGGACACUAAAUCGCCAGUUCCGUUCAUAGUCAGCAGUUGCAGGGUUUACUAAUAUCAUCUGAUUCGGACGCCUACUGCUUGCUCAUAACCAGAUGAUAGUUUUAUUUAGUCACAUUUCAUACAACUUGCUAAGACGGUGAUAAGCAGUGACUGGUAGUCUUACGUGGUUUUCUCCUAUUCAUAAGCUUCAGUAAUGUCAUUAUCCUGGACAUAAGUUUACGGUAACAAAAGGCAUCCCUCGAAUCUACUGGUGAUCAAUGAUUUAGGAGGAAUGCAGAAUAAAUCAGAUAAUAACUAUUUAUUUGCCAGGUAGGAUUAAAAUCAUAAGUUACAAAAUCAAUCAAAGUCAAUUUUACAUAUGAUCAGAAUAAUCCGAAAUUCUUAAAAAUCAGAUAAAUAAUCAAGAGACAUACCUGACAAUAGAAACAACUACAUGCAAUAGCAAAGCAUGGGAGAACUGGCUAUAGACUCCCUUCAAUUCAAAUAGCAUUUUCCAUUACCUGAUAGAAACUACACACAGUAAGAUAUGAAUUACAGAUUUCUCCAUGAACAAUGUGUCACAUCUCCUUAAAUACCCAAACCAGAGAAAACAGACAAAGGCAAGUUUUGGAGGGGUUGGGUUUGGAACUUCUUGGGUCAUAAAAGACCCAGGCGAUAAGCACAUUGCCAAGCAAUGGCCAGAAACUCUAUUACCAGAUAUUAUCGGUUGUGGGGAUGAGACCAGAGUACCAGACACACCGAGACAUUUUGAAUGAUACCAAGCAUGCCUAGUUAUAUUAUUUGUUUUCAUAGUUUUAAUUUGUCAUAUUUUCUACAUCUUGUGUGUGUGUGUGUGUGCCUUGUGAAGGAGACAAGGGGGAGAGAGAACAGCUCCUGGGGUCAUACCUCAUUAACAUACAGGCAAGGAGGGGGACAGAGAUUUGCGUUUUAUUGUCCUUAAGAAUUUGUGAAUGUUAUCUUGGGUGGAGAUGAUAAUCUGUGAGG